AUGAAUAUUAAAACAACUGUUGAUGAUGAAGAAACAGUUGACAUGAAAUUAACGACAAAAAAUAGUUCUACGAAAACAUCUCAACAACAACAAAAUACUGUUGUACACAACAAAUUAAAUUUGCAGGUAUCAUCAAUAAAAUCAGAAUUAUUAUCAAAAGUAUCUCAAUCUCAGUUAGUUUCUACUGUAUUCGAACCCAUUAAAUCUGAAAACCAACGAAAAUCAAAAAAACCUAAAAAUACACAACAACAUGAGUUACGAAUUCAACAAAUGAAAGAUUUAAAAGACAAAGAUGUACGAGCCACACCCGGAGGCUACUUUGGUUUGAUAUCUGAUAUGAAAAAAGAUUACGAUAAUUUUACGAGAAAGGGUACAUUUAAUCAAAUGGAACAAUUGAAACCAUUGAUGAAACAAGCACAAGAAACACAACAAUUAAUUGAACGUUUUAACGAGGAGACACGUUUUGAAGAGAAAAAAAUCGAAAAAUCGAAAGCUCCAUUUGCUCUUAAUGGACAAUCGAUUACAUUUUCAUUACCAAUUUGUUAUUCUGAAUUUAAAAAAUUGACCAUGUUAGAAUAUCUGUUGAAAUAUGGAAAACCGUUAGUAAAUCGACAACAAGUGGCUUUAAAAUCAAUAAGAAAAGUAGUACAACGUGAGCAGACACUUGACGUGACGGAUGCCAAAGAUGUUCUUAUUGAUUAUUAUAAUGCAUAUAAAACACAUCAAGAUAUUGAGGAAUUGUUUAAUUUUCUAGAAAUAUCAUCAAAUCAAAUAUUUGAUAUUCGAGAAAUUGUUUUUAUCUGUUGUUAUUCGGAAAGAUAUUUUCUACAUCAAUUGACAAAAACUGAACAUGUGUAUUAUGAACCAUCAUUACAGGAAAAAAUUGAUUUUGAAUUUUUACAUCGAAAAUUAGAUGAAUUAAAACUGAGUGAUUCAUUAAAAAGAUUGUUCAUAACGUUCUCCUCAUUCACCAAAUAUGACCACUAUAUAUUUUCCCCUUUUUUAAAUAAGAGAUAA